AUGAUCAAGGGUCUCUCGGAAGGAGGAGCACCAUCAUCAGCUCCUGGAACCCCCGAAGCAGGAGCAGCAUCAGCAUCCCCAGGUGCCCCCGAUGCACCGAAGUCAGCAGAGGAUAAGUCGUCUGCAUCGGCACCUCCUGGAGCGCCUGGAGCUCCUGGUGCGCCCGAAAGUGGGAGCUCGGCGUCAGCGGAGAAGAAGGAAAGUGAAAUGAAGGAGCCCACAGAGAAGAAAGAAGGCGAAAGUAAGGAGCCUGCAGAAAAGAAAGAAAACACCCCUGCAAAGGCAGACGUGAGCAGUUCCCGUAAUAGUCCAAAACCUUUGGAUAACCUUUGGAUAGGGACCGAUGAAAGGAGACACCGAAGGAAGACGCCUAAGGCGCCUAGCAAGGCGGAUAAAGUAGAGGAGAAGAAAGAAGAGGGCAAGGAGGAGAAGAAGUGA